AUGGCGAUCGUACACAAGCUGAGAAGGUCUUUAUCCAACGAAAGAAGAUCAUUGGAGGUUCCAAAGGGACACUUGGCGGUAUAUGUUGGGGAGAACGAUGAAAAGAAGCGCUUUGUUGUUCCCGUGUCUUAUUUGAACCAUUCGUCGUUCCAAGAAUUGUUGUCUCAAGCCGAGGAGGAAUUCGGAUUCUAUCAUCCCAUGGGGGGCCUCACCAUUCCCUGCAGCGAGGAUUUUUUCGCGGAUCUCACCUAUCGAUUGAGCCAAUCAUAA